UCGCCCGGAGGCUUCCUUAAGAUGGGAGCCACAUACUGCAGAAUCGUUAUGGUGGCUCUAGUUGUCGUGGCAUGCGCUAAGGCGGAUGAUUCGGACGACGAAAAGAAAGAACUAGCCAAGCAGAUGCUGCGUAGUAUGACCGAGGAGUGUAUGAAACAAGAGGGAGCAUCUGAGGACGAUGUGGAAGCCAUGCUCGAGGAUAAGACACCGGAAACGAAAGUGCAAAAGUGUUUUCUCUCGUGCUGUCAGCAACAGUUUAACAUUUCCGAUGGGAAGAAAUUCAACAAGGAAGGAUUUUUGGAAUUGUGUGGAAUGAUGUUCAAGGAGGACGAUGAAAAGAUGAAAAUUGCCGAGGAGGUUGGAGAAGAGUGUUCCACCGUCGAGAACGAAGAUCGUUGUCAGCUUUCGGUGGAUAUUAAAAAAUGCGUCGAGACGGGACUGGAAAAGAGAGGAGUCAAAAUGUAACGUUGAGUUUGAUGCUGAC